AGGUGGAACCCAGCAUGGAGAUGGUGGUCCCACAAUGGUCAACGGAAGGUCUUUGCUGUACUGCAUCAUCACAUCAUGGCAUUUUAUCGUCUGAUGAAAUCAUCGGCAUGCCAUUCAACAACAGACAUGGAUUGUGCUGGUCAUAAUGAUGAAAGAGGAAAAGAGGGACAAGAGGAUGCUAGCAAUAAUCCAGCGUCAUCACCACUGGCUGCUGUAGAAAUUUGUGUACAGUCAUCUUCAUCAAACCUCAGUACUCCCAGCACUUCAGGUUCAGGUCACUCCUCUGUCUCUGGGAAGGAGGCAAAUAAGACAACUUUGCUGAGCUUCUUUAAACGGACUCGACCUGAAGACCUUUCUUCUAAUAUUCCCUCAAAAAAGAAGAAAUCAGUGCCAAAAGAUCCUCCACAACAAAUCUGCAUAAAGUGUGGUCUCACAUUCAAGAGAACUAACGCCUACUAUCUUGAUAGACAUGCCACUGAGAGGCAUAAAAACGAUCCCAGCUAUGACGCAAGAAAGGACAUCGUCAACAUAGAUUCACCGAAGAACAAAUGGCCUAAACAUGAUUCAAAUAAGCGCUGCGACAAGCUGCUGCCAUUAGCUGCAGCGCAGUCAUCAGUCGAUGUUGAUCAGGCGUCACCAGCACCGCCUUCAUUACCACCACCAGUACCCGUACCUGAAGACAGCAUUACGACUGACAUGGAGAUGCAAUGUGUUUCUCAAGAUAGCGCACCAACUCAAGAUAGCGCACCAACUCAAGAUAGCGCACCAACUCAAGAUAGCGCACCAACUCAAGAUAGCGCACCAACUCAAGAUAGCGCACCAAGCACAUCGAAAUCGCAUCCUCGCACAUCUCGUCCAGUCUCCCUUGUUGAUUAUGUGCAAAAAGCACCAUUGAUCGAAGCUCCGACUACUGAGACGUCUAGCAAUUAUGCGGAACUAUGUUCUAUGAUCCGAAACUUGCAAGAUAAGAUCGACCAACUCGCAACUCAACAUCCAUCAAAGACGCUUCAAACCUCUACUUAUCUAAUGGAUGCUGCAACUAUACUACGUUUUCGUGAGGCAAAAUCAAUUGCAGCUGUGGCUGCUUUGACUCCGAUUGUUUUGGAGCCCAUUGAAGAUGAAAACACUACAAGAAUUUAUUGUUCUCUGUGUCGGGAGGCUUUUGGUCUUGAAGGCCGAUCUCAACAUGGGAAAAUAAAUUUGUCAUCUCGCAAGUUCUGCUCGGGUUUCUUGGAGAAGAAUGAAAACCUUACCGUACCUCAUGCCCCAAAUAAAAGCAAUAAAUCAUUCUACAAUUUGAAAAAAGAAAUAGGUAAUCACCUCACCGGAAUGAGUUCUUCUGGCGAUGCGCACAUAGAAGCUCACCAAUGCAAGCAGAAACGAAUAGAAACUGAGGAGAAGAACGUUGACGCAUUGGAGAACCUGGUAAGAGCUGCUCUCACGACCAUCAAGAUGGCUGGCGCAGGGGUGCAGUACGAGUCGUGUGUCUCGCUACUCUCCGGUGCUGGUGCCAACGUCGGCACCCUUCUCCAUUCUCGCAAGCAGAUGGAAGGAUUCGCAGACGCUAUCAUUGGGCAUUGUAGGCUUAAGCUGCAGCAGUUUCUCACUACGAAAUUGCCAUCUACUGGGUUUUACCCACAUUACAACGUGGCUUGCGACAAGAGCACGCCAGGGCGCGAGUCAAAUCAAGCUGUGAUGUUACUGGUCCCGUAUGCAGGAGUACGACAAGCCUACCCAAUAGGCGCACCUAAAGUGUACUCUAAUGAAGGGGGCCGCGUAGUUGGUGGCACUGCUGAGGAGUUGGCAGCCCAAGUGAUUAAUACGCUAGUUGAGUUUGCUCUCCUCGAACCAGUGAACUUGAGCUACUUGAUUGCGAAUCAUUCAGACGGCCAAUACCAAUCAGUUGGUUUUCAAUCUGAACUCUCAAAGCGAUGUCAAGCGAACGCAGCAGAGUGUCAGUCAAGAGUACAUGAAUUUCCCGUUGUUUGGGAUGGAGCACAUUGGCUGGAUUUAUCUAUCAAAACAACGAAAGACAAGUCUUCAUCUUCCAAGUUCUUCAAAAAGUUCUUAGAAAGGGCAAAUUGUUUCCACGACAUGUUUGGUUCAGGACGUGGCUCUCAGGAGUACAAAGCCGUGUUGGACGAGACGGACGCGAAAGGAGUUCGUUUAUCCGGAUAUUCAGUGACCAGGUUCUCGAGCUCAGCAUUUGACUCCCUGAAGGCACUUUACCGCAGCUACCAAGCCCUGAUUUUGGCCUAUCAAGAGAACCGUGAGACUAAAAGUGAUACGGAUGAAAUGAAAUUCAAGGUUAGGGGAUGGGAUUUUGCGCUAGAGUUAUGUCUAGUCUUGGACAUCCUUCAACCUAUCGUCUCGGUGAUGGUGCUGUGUCAACGAGUCAACCAACAAAUUUGGAGCAUCGUGGCAUGGACUGAAGAAUUACUCGAAGUCAUGAGAAUGAUGAAAACCGAUCUUGAGAAGCUUGACCGCAAAGAAGAUCUACGAGACCUUCCCAUCGCCCAUUUCCCAAUCACUAAGAAACAUGCAGACGAGUUAUUAAGUUCAACUCCUGAAUGCAAGCAUGGAACCUUCCACUCAAUGCCUUUGUAUGAAGGCUGGUUGGUAGAGAAGGAAGAGGGUGGGAGAAAUGGAAUUCAAUGGAAGAUGUUAGAAUUUAACGAAAUUUCAGCGGAAAUAACUACUCUAACGACUAAUCUUAUUGAAAACAUCAUUAUCAGAAAGAAUAAAGGCAUUAACGGCAUGGCGUCUACUUUGGCUUCUUGUAUCGCUCCUAUUCCCAUCAUCAAGAGGUUGUGUGGAACAAGAUAUGGUCCCACCAUGAGGCCCAUAUUGGGAGGUGGAGACGAACACCAAAUAAGGUUCAAAACCGAAGGUCGAAAAGCCUUCAGAGCGUUCUACGCCUAUGUUUGCAAACUACCUCACGUUUCAUUACGGCAGAAAAGUGACGGCCUCCUUUUUCAUGAAGACAUGGCCGAUGAAGUGUACAGCAAGUAUACGGACUUGCUGUACGACAUGGUGUGGAACACCAGCUCUCUGUUCCGUAGAGUCUUUAUUGACUUACCCACAACCACUGCAAAGCUCGUACAAUUGAGCUUCCGUGAGCAAGACCAAAGUACUCUGAAAGCACCGGUCUUCCACCUCCGCUUCUCUGACACGUCGGAGGCAAUCAGCGCAUUUGAUGAAGGUGCCUUCAUCUCGGCAAUCUACAAUGACGAAGAGGUCUACACGAAGUUGGGCGUUGAAUCUGCAACCACUCUAGACGUCGCCGUAGCAAUGGGCGGCUGCGAAGCAGUUGUCGAAGGAUUUUACUCUGUCGUCCAGCGGCAUUUAAAAGUGGGAGGGUUGGACAAUAAAACACUUGUAGGCAGAGCCACUGUCGAUUGGCUUUUGCCACCCCCCAUUAGAUGCCCGGCAACCAUCCGAUCUAUUGCGAACCUUUUCCAUAAAGGGGACCCAAGGAUGAACUUAUUGCCUCACAGGGAUGCAAAUCAUUCCGAUCCCCGAAAUCGAGGAAAGUUCUCUGACAUCAGCAAAGUAUUGAUGCGACACAAACAGGAACCCGUUAAAUGCCCGCUUUUUAUGGAUAAGGAAGACCUCAGUGACUUUGUUUAGCUUUUGAAUAAAUAACAUAAACUUUCUUUCUUUCGUUGUUCUGAGAAGCAUUACCGCUAGGUUCAAGCUGAAAGUCCGAUGCAGAUUUUGUGCUCUCAAACAUCCAUAUUUUCUAACUUGGUUAUUACUGACUGUAGAGUUAGACGUUUAUUGAACUGCUCCGAUGUCCCUCCUUAUUCAUAACGAACUAACUUUUUUCAACCUCUCUAUACUCAUCUAUUAUAAUUAUGAUUCCAUAGUCAAAGGAAUAUUAAGAAGGAAAUCGCGUCUUUGGUCGGUUUGCAUGCGCUAUUCGAAUUUUCUCUAAUGUAACUUUAUGCACUUAUUCUUUCCGUAGGUUUCGAGUCCUCCUCAAUUAUCUACAUUAAUUCAAAUAAUAGUAAUUCACCUUAAUUCAAGGGAAUUGAUUUUCGCCUUUUUCUCUUCUGUUUCCGCACAGGUUAUUAUUUUCCGAUACGAAAUUCUAAUUUCUCCUGAUCGCCCGUGAAAAGUACAAAUAAAUUUGUUCAUGGUAUAGGUUUUUCCUUCAAAUAUGUACUGUUGCUGCAAACUGUUCUCUGUUUUUGAACGGCUCAAUUGUCAUUUACCGACGUCUUUUGACUAGAAAUUUUGCUCAUUGAUUUUGUAACAUGUCCUACUGCCUUCCUCAUGACUGGUUUGUUUCAUUUUGUGUCAUGUAUCGCUUCGUCAGCCCCCUCCACUCGUAUAGUUCAUUUUGUGUCACGCAUCGCUGUGUCACAUGUAACGUUCUAGCGAUGCCUCGGUAAAAAAAUUUGCGUCGGACAAGAAUGUUACGUCGUGUAGCAGUUUUUCAAGCUAGCGUCAUUCAGUUCAUUGAAAUUUCAUUAUAUGCUGCAUGUUCAACAUUUAGGUAUACUUAAUGCUCGACUUGAUUCUUUUGUGAUGGUAGUUUGCAGUGUAUUUCUAUUUUGAAGUGCUGGCCUCAUCUAAUGGUAUUUACAAUUGAAUUCUUGCAUUAUUCAUUUGUGAUAAAAAUUUUCUCGAAUUUAAUGUUUCAAUUUUGCUGUAUAAAAUUAUGCAGCUAUAUCUGGGGGCAAGAUUUAACAUCGCUAACUAUAUAUCGGUCACUAAAUCCAUUAUGAUUCUCAAUUGACAGGCUUAAACAUUUCCAUCGGUAUUAUUCAACUGGUCGCGAUUUUUUUCAACACCGAUUUGACAUUUCCGUUAUAGGAUCUUAGUCGUUGUCUCCGAGUAUAUUUCUGUUAUGUUUUAACUUUCACCUAUGUUCUCCAACUUACCCUGGUUAAUGGGAACUUACAUAGAUCAUAGACUGCAUCAUUGCGACAAACUAAACUGUCCUUAUAAAUGUUCACAAAUUUGUUUACCCAUUGGAUGAUCGAUUAACAAAUUUUUCGUUAAUUUUUACACAUUGGACGUUAGCUUCUUGCAUUUGAGACGCUCUCUUUCUCUUUCACGUGCAAUUUUUUUCAGUUUCACUUCUUGAAGGUUUAAUUCAUUGAAAGUUAUUCUUUUGUACCUUUUCAUUUCUUGUUGUUAUGACCUGGUUUUUUAUCACAGGAGUUGAGUUGAACGUUUUUGAGGAGCGUUAUCCACUGUGCCGCUAAUGUUGACCAGUCAGUCGUUUUCAAUAAUUAAGUUAGGCUCAGGGUAAUGCUGCCUGUAUUUGGAUCCAUUUGAAUUGAUAAUCCUACCAUCAACGACCAAUCAAUUGAGCUUUAACUUGAUGAUGAUGUGCAGUAAGGCUCGUCAGUUGGAAUAUUGCAUUUGAUAAAUGUUGAUUCAUUUAUUAGUGGGAGUCAGCGACUCGGCAGUCAGCAGGCGGUACAUUUUCCGGUAUUUUAAUUUAUCUCCUUUGUUGCGAAAUGACGCGGCAGUCUGCAGUCUCUUCGUACUGCGUGUCCAUUUGGUGAACGUGAGUCAUGCGCUAGCCCGUCGCUAAGUAGACUAAAGUAGUUGAUACUAUAGUCGUUACGAAUAUUAUCAUUUUGGUCCAUUUACAAAUGGCUUACGUGUAAUGAAAUGAAGAAUUAUUGCUAGUGACGUACUUUUUAAAUGCUUAUUGCGCUUAAUUGAGAAAUCGUAGCCUAGCACUACGGCACGGGUGAAAUCAUCCAUGGACUGAUUGCCCCGGGUGAAAUUACCCAUGGACUGAUGGCCCCGGGUGAAAUUACCCAUGGACGGGCGAAAUUGUGACAUUUAUACGGGUGAUUUUUGUUCAUCGACGGGUGGCUUCUGCCCGAUUUUCCAG